UGGAUAUUGGAGGUCAUCAUCAGGUAAACACUCAAAGUUGCGCGCUACCCAUCUGAAGUUUAGGUUGUCGGUUUGUCUGGACCACGCGCUUGUUUUUUCUUAUCGUUGUCGAUUAAAUUUCCUACAAACUGUAAGUGUAUUGCACGUGCCUACUAACUCGUUGGCUCACUUUUCCCUACCAGAUAACAUCAAGUACUGCACCCCACACUUCCCGAGUACGUAAGGUUGCUUCAGGCUCGACGCCCACUCACCAAACUCUAGACCUUACACCUCCAAAAUGUGGAAACCACUUCUGGUCAUAUGCGAUGUAAAAACAACCAAUAAAACUCUCAAUACAAUAGUUCUUUUGUUGGCUAUCUUUUUCAAAACGCAUUCAUCACUUGAGAGUGGCAGCAUCCAAACAAAUAAUACUUGUAUUGAAUAUCGUAAAAACCUGUCGAUAUACGUUAAAAACAUAAUAUACAACAUGUCAACCAAGACAGCACCUGUUUCGUACUGUGGUUGGUGUAGUGAAACUGUAUACAAAUUAAAAAACGUUGUGGAGAAGCGAGACGCCUACAGUGCAGAUGGGAAAGCAUGUGUUGAUCUAUUGGCGAACACAGAAAAGGGUACAAUAGAUUCUAUCGACUUCAUUUUCGAUAAAUGGAAUCGUUCCUUCUGCUCGCAUUGUCUUGAAAAAGGUUCUUCGGAUCAAAACCAUAGUACACCAAUGAAUUCUUCACAUAACAUCAUAUGGCCUAGACAUCAUUUACAGACGAAUUCUUUAUACAACUUACAAGCCUAUAAUGAGAACGUGCGUACUUUCUUUCACAUGCUUGAUGAUGCUUUAAGUUGUUUCAUGCAGUUUAUCAAUGAUCCCAAUAUAUCUGUUCUCAAUGUAUUAAAUUUCCCUUCGUCUAGCUCCUUAAAUAUUAGUUCGAUGGUAUGUCGGAAUUGCUCAGCAGUGUACUACAAUCUCUUAGAUUAUUACACUAAUAAUCUCUUAAGAUACAAUGAACAUGAAAGAGAGCAUCAAAAUUCCAUCUUGAGAGAAUCUUCUAGUUCUCGUUUCGCCGUAUGUUUGGACGUACAAAAUGCCAUAAAUCGCACGCAGUGGGCUUGGUACAACUUAUUUCGAUGUCGAAAGGAGGAAGCCAACGCUUUUGGCUACUUUUUACCAUUGAUAGUUGUUGUUGUCUUCCUCAUAAUGUUCCAUGGUCUUGCCCACUCAGUAUGUCGUUAUCCUAUCCAUCUAAUGGUGUACAGGCCCACACGUGUUGAACCCACGGUUAGAACGCAAGAACGAGUUCUUAGCACGUCUUCAGUACCGCGUGAACAAAUAUCAUUAGCCCAAUCUUACGGCAGCAUUGGAUGCGUUGAGAAUAACGCAAUAAUGGGCACUAACUCGAUUGUAAAGAAAUACUCACGAUCUGAUUCACUUUUUGAUAAUAGUACAGUAGUGAUGCAAACAGCACGAUCAAGAAUUUAAUAUAUUAUUUAUCAAAUAAAACAAGCUGAAUGUCUUUCAUACGAUGAUUUCAUAUAUAUAUUUCUGCACAAUCAAUACACCCAACCGCAUAAUCCACUUACAUUUUUAUUCUUUGACAUUUUGAUUAUCUUUUUAAUCAUUCUAUCUUGGUAAUAAUAUUGCUUUUCAUGAUAACUAAAUUGUUGUUUCUAAUUAGUCACUUUAUCUUAAUAAAAUGUUAUAUGAGAAGAA